AUGGAAAGUAAUAAAAAAGAAGAAAAAGAAAAAACACAAAAAAAAGAGAUCCAUGAAAAAGAAGAAAACACAACAGAAAUAAAAGAAAAAGAAAAAGAAAAAAAUACACAAAAAGAAAAAACAAAAGAAGAAGAAACAGAAAAAGAAAAAGAAACAGAACAAGAAGAAACAGAAGAAGAAGAAGAAGAAGAAAAAGAAACAGAAGAAGAGACAGAAGAAGAAGAAGAAGAAGAGACAGAAGAAGAAGAAACAGAAAAAGAAAAAGAAAAAGAAAAAGAAACAGAAAAAGGAGAAAAAGAAGAAGAGACAGAAGAAAGAGAAAAAGAAGAAAAAGAAAAAGAAACAGGAAGGGAGGAGAAGGAAGAAGAAGAAAGAAAACAAAACCAAACGCAAAAAGAAAACGAAAAAGAAAAACAAAAAAAACAAAAAGAAAUAACAAAUGAAAAAGAAAAAGAAGAAAAAGAAGAAAAAGAAAAAGAAAAAAAAGAAAAAGAAAAAGAAAUAAAACAAAAAAAAGAAAAAAGAGAAGAAGAAGGAGUGUAUCGUCUUCAUCUACGGCGGUGCUCGCGUUGA